AUGAUUUUCCUGACUUUAAAUGAAGAAACUUAAGAAAUUAUCUAAAAUAAUUAUAAAUGGAUCAAUAAUUGUUUAGAAAGAUAAUUCAAUUAUGAAUUUACUGAAAUUGUAUAUUCAGUGAACUAAUUUAUCAACACAGAAUUUGAAUAUGAUGUUGUCCCAUUUUAUGAAGAAGAAUAUUGA